UAAUAGAAUUUUAGAAGGCAAGCAAGUUCUAUUCCCUCUCAGUUGCAGAAACAUCACAACCUCUCUCUUUCUCUGAUGGCUGUUGUAACAGAACAAGAUAUGAAAUGGAGAAGAGAGAGGAACAAGUUGAGGCAGCAGCAAGUCCCUUCCAUGACCCAAACCACAAGCUGCAAAUCCACCAUAUCUUCUCUCAUCCUCUCCUCUUUCUCCAAUGAAACCGCCACAAACAAGAACAAGAGUACAUUCAGGGGACUUGGUUGCACUGCUGCUUCUGCAUCAUCACAAGUAGUCUCAGUUCCUGCUGUGAUUCGAUCCUCUGCUGAUUGGAAGAACACUAGGAAGAACAACAAGUGCAGAAGGAGGAACACUGAAAAAAGCAGCAUAACAUGUCACCAUAAACAUGCUUCUUCUUCUUCUUCUUUUCAGGAUGUAUGGUGUGGCCCUGGAAUUGGAUUUGCAUCAGAUCAUGCUUCUGCUUCUGUGGAUUGUGUGGUGGCAAGGAAGAAUGCUUCUUCAAGAAGGAACCUUGAUGCUGUUGAGAGAGCAAUACAUAGGGAAGAGCGUCCUCCGCCUUAUUUGGGAAGACGCACCAUGAACACAGGCUUCUCUUUCUUGGAUGAUGAUCAAGGCAUUUUCGUGACACGCCCUGGAUCGGAGUCUUUCGCUGCCGGUAGAUACUAUCGCCACGUUCCGCAUCCCUCCUCUGAUGGUCUUGCUGAGAUAAUGAUACUUCAAGGAAGACUAUUAAUGGGUGGAAGAUUAAAUUCACAUGACCAAUUUAGAGACUGGAGACUUGAUGUUGAUAAUAUGUCAUAUGAGCAAUUGCUUGAGUUGGGUGAGAGAAUUGGCCAUGUGAACACUGGACUUAAAGAAGAUGAGAUGGGACACAACAUAAGGAAGAUUAAGCAUGUAAUUUCAAAUAAUCAUUCAAAGCAUCAAAUAGACAAAAAGUGCAGCAUUUGUCAGGAGGAGUAUGAGGCUGAUGAUGAAAUUGGGAGGCUAACUUGUGAACACAAGUAUCACUUUCAGUGUAUAAAACAAUGGCUUGUCCAUAAGAACUUCUGUCCUGUUUGUAAGCAAGAAGUUGUAGUUCGACACUGAGUGGCACAAUUCUGAAUUUUCUUUUUUUUUUUCCAUCUUAAUUUCGUGUAUAGUUUUUUAUAUGCAUUAUAUAAGCAACUAGAAUAUUCAUUCUUUUGCUUUUCAAUCUUCUUUGCAUAUUUUAAGACUUAUGACUUUCUCUCUGUGAGGAGUUGAAAAAUGUGUCAUUUUUCUUAUAGUCACAUGAUUGGAUAAUACUUUUUUCA